AUGACCAUCCGCCGAGCAUUUGAUGCUGGAGCUUCCACACACUCCUGUCAUCACAACCUUUACCGAUCGCUCGUCGCGGCAGUGAACAACAGCCAUGAGAAUAUCGUGCGUCUGAUACUGGAACAAAACAAAGACAAAGAUCCUAGUGUAUUUAUAGAAAAUGAGAACUGCGAGCUGUGUGGAGAUCAGGGAUCUUAUCUCAACCCCUCAAAAAACAGACCUCCACUAUAUUUGGCGGCAGUGCGUGGCAACGUGACCAUUGCAAGGCUCCUGCUUGCCUAUAACAUCACUUUCAAACAUGACCACAGACACGGCAGUCCAAUAGGCUUUGACUUUGUACUUGCGGCAGCAAAGAACGGACACCUGGCCGUUUUGGAAGUUUUCCUCGAGGCUGGCUACGCCUUAGACAACAAAAGAAGGGGAUACCGGAAUAAGACACCACUCUAUGUUGCAGUCAACCAGGGUAAUACAAAAUUGGUUGAAUACUUGCUGGACAAAGGAGCCAAACCCUCGUGUGAUGAUGAACCAUCUCUCACAUCCGCCGCGAGAAAAGGGCACCUUGAAACGGUUAAAUUGCUCCUGAAGCGCGGAGCAGACCCCAAAGGGCAUUCUUUGGGUCGAUCGGCCCUUUCUUGUGCGGCUGGCGAGGGCCAUUUGAAGGUUGUGGAAGUGCUCUUAGAGCAUGGAGCGGAUCUUGAUCUUGAUACGGAUGAAGGUUGGCAGGGUACACUCUACCAUGUAGCUGUAAGAGGUCGGCUGAAAAUCCUUCAUCUUCUGUUGGCGCGUGGAGUGAACAUAUACCCCAAGGAGCCAAAGGAAAAAUGUGACUUGCUGUCUUCAAUAAUCGGAGAUAAACAUUGGAGACGUGUUAGGAGGCAGAAACGGGCUGCCUUUGCUAAACUUUUUCGAACCAUCGUCGAUUUUGAGGACAUGAUAGACCACGGAGAUGACGAAGCACAAGCUCAGGUUCUGUAUAUAGCUAUUGGCUAUGGGUGGGAUGAUGUUGUGCAGCGUGUUCUGCAGCAGGGGUUUUCCGCAGAAGGGGUCUAUCUUCACAAUAAAGCGCGGUACGACAGGCCUAUACUCCAGGCCAUUGACAACGGCCAUAUUGGAAUUACCAAACUCCUUGUCGAGCAUGGUGCGAAUAUACAGGAGUACCAGGGAGAAGACACGGAGGAAGGCGCGCUUCCCUUGGCAAUCCAAUUGGGCAAUGUACAAAUUGCAGAGCUUUUGAUCGACCACGGGGCUGAUGUAAAUUGUCUCAGCAGCCGUGGAGAAACAGCUUUGGCUGAGGCGGCAGCCGAGGGUGCAAAGGGUUCCGCAAAUAUGUUUCGCAUGUUGCUUGACCGAGGAGCAGAUCCGACAAAGACUCCAUCACACGCUGAUGAGAACGCUAUUACCAGGGCAUUGUACUUCGGCGCACUGAAUGCGGUACAGGCAUUGGUGGAGAGAGGCAUUGCAUUGGAAAUGCCUCCAUUGCCCAAGAGGCAAAAUAUACACAAGCACCACAGAGGGCUUUUUUACCCAAAGACUCCCAAGAAGUUGAUCGAAGAAGCAUUCUUAGGAGGAGAAGAAAUGGCGGAGCUGGUCUUGGAUCGCGGGCUGUUGAUAAUUGACCCUGAGAGCACUGAGGCGCAAGACGGGUUAGUGCACGCUGUCCAAUGUAGGAUGGCUGGGGUGGUGAAGCGGCUACUCGGUCGAGGAGUUGAUCCCAAAUUAUCUUCAACCUAUCUUCGCCCAUCUUUGCUGGUGGCUGCGGCAUAUUCCCCUAGCACUGACGAUACCAUCAAUGCUACAGCCAUUCUUGACAUGCUCCUAGCCCAUGGUUCUGAUAUCGAGGAACGGUCUUUUCCUGGCAUGGCUCCCUUGUACCGGAUCAUUGUGCAAAUCAAUGCCGACGCGCAGUGGGUUUUCGGUCAAACCGAGGUACGACUCUUGUUAGAGAGAGGAGCAGAUCCCUUCGCGGAGCAUGACCGCUGGAUUCUAGACGUUACAGAGACAAGGGAUGGCCACGCUUAUUCCGACUCACUAUUCAUGAAUAGACGGUCACUCCAGAACGCCAAGACAUGGUCGGAUGACAGCCUCCCUAGGAGAAUGGUUAGAUUUCAGCGCGAGAGUUUGUCAGGCCAAGGCGAUGACCCAUUCCUAGCAUGUAUGAGACGGGGCGAUAAAGCAGUGCUCAAGCUCAUGAUUGACGCAAUUGAUCGGAAAAAAAUUCCCUUGGAGGAGUUGAAGGAGAGACUUGACCGAGCCCAGAUUGAAGCGACCGAGAAUGGGAACCUGCACCUUCUACCCAUUCUGGAGGAUUAUUACUGGGCAAAAAGAUAUCCAUGCAAGUAG